AUGUCUGCAAUAGUCAAGACAAAACUCAAAGCAGCAAAAGAUUUUGUCAGCAAGAAAGAUUAUGAGAAGGCACGAGACGCAUCUCUAGCAGUCCUCGACUAUGACUCCGAGAACUAUCACGCGAACGUCUUCCUCGGCCUGUCGUAUCUCAAUCUGAACGAGCUUGAGCGAAGCGAGCAAGCAUACAAGAGAGCCGUAACAUCAAGCCCGGAUCAGCCUUUGGCGUGGCAGGGGCUUUCACAACUGUAUGAGAAGACUCGAAAUUGGGAAACAUACGUGGAAACCCUUGAGCACCUAGCGCACGUAUUCGUAAAAGCCGAUGACGCCACGAAAUGUGCGGAGACGCUGCAGCGGUUGCUUGAGUUUCGUCGGAAAUCUGAACACAGUACUCGCAUGCAGCUAGCACAAGUUUUGUCUCUGUUGCUACCCGACUCACCCUUCUAUCACGUACUAUCUACUCUGCCUCCACCAGAUCCCACGAACCCCACAUCGUCGUCCACUCAUCCGACACAGUCAGCCAUUCACAACAGUCUUCCUAUACUGGAGGAGCUCGUUGCCCUACACGAACAUGAGGAGAGCGAGAACAUCGAAAAGGAGAUUCAGAAGCGGAGAACGAGGCUAGGCGCUGCAGGCCCCGAGCAGCUGAAGAAGGAAGUGACCAGAGAAUUCAUGGGACCUUCUCAGCUGCCUCGACUGUACAAUGAAAUCAUCAACCAUCCCAAUACAUCCGAUGAGUUGCGUCGCGCGACCGAGUCCAAGCUCCUUAGUCAUAGACAGUGUUACCUCGCUGCGCUGCCCUCGACAAGCGACAUGGCAGACGAGAAGGCAAGAAUUGCUGCGGAAGUGGAAGACCAAAUCAACGGCAUUGUUCUUCUCAAGAUUUCAAAUGAACUUGCCUGGACUCUCUUCAUCGAGGCGAAGGACGCCGAAAGCAUCGAGCAAUACGAUUUUACAAUCUUACGCCAAUUCGUCCAACUCUUCCCCGGAGCUGCAUAUACGGGCCUUAUCAAGGGGUACUUCGGGUACACCGGUACCCCGCUGACUGACGAUGAGGACGAAGAGGGAGUUUCUCAGCCAAACGGGGACAAUAUCGACGACGACAUAGACAUGAUCAUUGAUGCCUUCGCUAGUCUCCCGGACUCUGUCAUUGCUCACCGAAUCAUGACCGAGGUCUACCAGACCGAGAACGACCUCGAGAACAUGAUCAAGGUAGCAGAGAGCGGGCUCGAGGUCACUCGUCGGGCGGAGCAAAGUACGGGCAAGGUGCUUCCUCAGGUGAAGAAAGCAUUCAAUGUUGCCCUCGCGACUGCCCUCGUAGACUUCUUCCCCCCGAAGCAUCAUAGCCGCGCCCUUGGUAUCAUCAACCCUAUACUUGCGAGGGAUCCCGAUAACCGUUCAUCUACAUUCGCGCCUGCAUUUACGUCUCUUGGAGUAUACUACUCGGACCAUUGGACACCACCAGAUCCCAAUAGGGCAUCGAAGUGCUUCCAGAAAGCCUUCGAGCUUGAUCCGCGAGAAGCGGAUGCGGCGCGGAGACUCGCAGAAGGCUUCGCCGAAGAGAGCGAGUGGGACCUAGUGGAAGUCGUCGCCCGACGGACGAUCGACGGUGAAGGUGGUUUGGAAGGCGGGACCGCCACCGCCAGGUACUUGCCUAUCAAUGCAUGGGCUUGGAAAGCUGUGGGCGUUGUCGAGCUCAAUCGUCUGAACUACCCGUCCGCCAUACAAGCAUUCCAGAUCGCACUCAGGACAGAUGUAGACGACCAACUAUCCUGGCUGCGUCUGGGAGAAGCUUACAGCAAGGCGGGUCGAUUUGCUGCCGCAGUCAAGGCGUUGGAUCGUACAACGCCAGACGGUGCUUACGAGGAGGCCGUCGUCGCAUUCGAGUCUAUACUGGUGAAGCAUCCCUCGGAACUCGGAGUGCUCGUAUCACUCGGGCAAGCCUACUUGGAUCUUGGUCUAGCUGAAAUUGCGACUGCCUACACAACGAGGGCGGAGACAUCGUUCCUCGCUGCGAUCCGAGUCACGCUGCGUCUCAUUGCUGCUAGCCCUGGUUACCGCCGUGUCGCCUGGAAGAAGGCUGCCGACGCAGUCUUCCAGCUGUCCCGGUUUCGUCAAUUCUCGGAUGAAGACGCAGUACGUAAUGCCCUGGCUGAAUUGAUUCCUCUAGUAUCAGAUCACUCUGGUGCGAUGCUAGCGAGUAUCAUGACCCUGCCGCUAUCACUAGAUACUACCGCGGACACAUCUCUCUUGGCGCUACGGGUUGCACUGGCUGCGUUUGACUAUCGUACGUCGUUGGACGCCGUUGACGACGCCAGCCGUGGCAUCACGCAAGCGUCAGCCGCUGAGCAGGCGCGGCAGCAUGGAACACGCCAGAUCAAGGAUGCAUUGCGUUGUGAACCAUCCAACGAGCAGUAUUGGAAUGCACUGGGGACGGCUACCUUUGAGUCGCAGCCGAGAGUCGCUCAGCAUGCCUACAUCCGAGCUAUCGAGAUCAACUCCAAGAACGCUGUGACCUGGACCGGCAUGGGCCUAUUCUAUCUUCACCACGACGAUGCUGAACUUGCCAACGAGGCGUUCUUCAAGGCGCAGACGCUUGAUCCUGACUACGCAUUGGCUUGGGUGGGGCAGGGUCUCGUGGCCACAGUGAAUGGCCAUGCCCAGGAGGCGAGGGCCUUGUUUGAACACGCAACAGGCCUAGCGGCGCCUGUGCCUGAAGCGGACGUGGAGUUUGCAGCACGGCUGUUCAAGAAAUUGAAUACAACUCCGUCAAGGAUAGCUCCGACAUCGGAUGAUCUCUUCCCGGCGUUCUUCGUCCUGGACAGGUUCUGCAGGAGCCGACCUGACGAUGCCUCGGCUUUGCACCUCUUCGGCCUCGUUUGCGAGCGCAUCGGGCACGUCGAGCUUGGGAUCGAGGUCCUCAGCCGAGCGAUGUCUCUCCUCGAGGCCGCGUACGAGGAAACCGAGGAUCCUGACAUUGAGAGACGUUUCGCGAUCGCGCAUACCAACAUGGCUAGGUUGCGGCUCUCCAUACAAGACUACGAUGAGGUGCUUACGUCCACGGAGGUGGUAUUCGGUCUGUUGCCCGAAGAGCCAGAAGACCGGACUACACGAAUAUUGCUCGCACAGACACAGUUCCUUUCGGGGCUGGCUCAUUUCAAGCUUGGUCAACUGGCAGAGGCGCUCGGGUUCCUCGAGGCUGCAAUGACGGUCGCCGCCGAUGACCCGACGAUGCGGGGACAUAUCGUGGUCUUGCUGGGGCAAACACUCUGGGCGAUCGGGUCAGACGAAGGACGUGAAUCUGCCAAGGCGCAACUUUUGCAAAGCAUCGAGUCUGAUCCUGAGAACCUCAUGGCUAUCAACACGCUCGCAGGCAUGGGUAUCCUAACCGGUGAUGAAAGUCUAGUAGACGCCGCCCUCUCGGAGAUCCUCGCUCUUCCUCUGGACCAGCGGCUCAGUCGAGACCCGGGCAGGGACGUCACCUACCUGCUCAUACAGCACCACCUCGCUCAGGGUGACGUCGCGCAGGCCCUGUCCAUCGCUCAGAAGGCAGUACUCGCGGAACCGUCUCUACCCGAAAUGCGCCAGACCCUGGCGAGUCUCAACGUGCAGCAAGGCGACAGCAAGAGCGCGCAGGCGGUCCUCGCAGGCGCAUCCGGGUCGCACGAAGGUAACCUCGAGCACGCACGGCAGUCGCUGCACCUAGAGGCGAUCACGCGCUGCCUCGCCCCCCCAAGCCCAGAACGAACAGCAGAAGCGCACAAGCUAGCCCAGAAGGCCGUCAUGCUCUCGCCUUGGGCCACGCGCAACUGGGAAGCACUCGCCUUCGUCGGCACCCAGAACGAGCAGUGA